AAUCCCGAGCUGUGGUCGGAUGAUCUCAAUACGUUUGUAACGGGGUGUCUGGAGAAGGCAGGGGCAAAUAGACCCGACGCAGAUACACUGUUAUCCACUCAGAAGUUAUUCGCCGGUGUUGAGGCGCACCAGACAGCCACGGUGCUUAGUGGACUGCUAAUGCGCAUCGAGAAGGCUCAUGAUAUGCACAACCAACUACUGCAAGCAAGUGGCGAUUCCGCGGCAGACGAGAGCUCCAAUCACGGCGGAGGGGAGAUACGAUCCUAUAAAUGCCAUGCUCCGAUGGUGCAGAGCACUCCAUCCAAUGAACCGCCUAUGGCAGAGUCCCCACUGUUGUUGAGAGCCAAUCAGAACGGAGAGAAAGGAAAACUGUGCUCGUCCGCUCGCACACCCACCCCGCCAGAGGCUUACGCUUCGACUCAACGGCCGUCGCACGAGGUGGUGGUACAUCCCCCCACAGACAGUCCAU